AUGGCGCGCGACGACGACUUCAUCUUCACCAUCUCCGACCACGAGGAUGUUUCUGACGAUGGCGCCGGACAGAUGGAUGAGCCUUCGAAACUGGCUGGUCGCGGAAAAAAACGCAAGCUGGACGACGCUGCGCUGGUGAAACCUAAAGAGAUCCAGCAGUCUAAGAGGAGUAAGAAGAAGGGCAAGAAGGCGAAAGAGGCAACGCCAGAGCUCGAAGAGGUCGACGACAAUGAAAUCAUCGAGCCUGUCGAGGUCGCUGACGAUAACGACGAUAUUGCGAGCGACUUCGAGUUUGCGCCGGGUGACGUCGACAUUGGCUAUAUUGAGGACUUCGACGGGUGGGGCAACGAUGCGGCAGCGACACAGGAAUCCAAGGAUAGGAAGGGCACGGCUGUCGAUGUUGACGAGAUCAUCGAGCGGAGACGCAACAAGCAGAAGAAGUCGCAGCCUGCGGAAGAUUUGGACGAUGCAGGAGAAGCCGAGGCCGAUUUCGAGGGCUUUGGGGACGACGAUGAAUUGCUGGCCGAUGAUGCGUUCGGCAUGGGCGCGGAAAGUGAGGAUGACGAAGACGCAGACGAGGAUGAAGAGGAGUCAGAGGUAGACGAAGAUGACAGUAUGCAGAACGCGGAGCCAGGUGCAGACGAUUCGGACAACGAAUCUAUAGCUGCGCCCGUCGCACAUCCCAUGGAUCUCGAAGAGGAAGAGUCGGAUGAGGAUAGCGAACACGAGGAAUCUGCGGAAGCGAAGAAGGCUGCCGAAUUCUUCGCGCCAGAGGAGAGCGUGAAGACACAGAAGAAGAAGGGUGCAAAAGGAAACGCAUCGUUCCAAGCCAUGUCUCUAUCGAGACCUAUACUUAAAGGUCUUGCAUCCGUGGGCUUCACUGAGCCUACUCCGAUCCAGUCAAAGACUGUGCCGAUUGCGAUGGAAGGCAAGGAUGUGGUGGGAGGAGCCGUCACUGGUUCCGGUAAAACCGCUGCGUUCCUGAUACCAAUCCUCGAGCGUCUUCUUUACCGACCGAAGAAGAUUCCUACUACUCGCGUUGCUAUACUCAUGCCAACGCGUGAGUUGGCAGUGCAGUGUUUCAACGUCGCACAGAAACUCGCCGCUUUCACUGACAUCACCUUCGCACAGCUCGCUGGUGGUUUCUCCUUGCGUGAGCAAGAAGCUGUCCUUCGAACGAAGCCCGAUGUUGUCAUCGCCACUCCUGGUCGAUUUAUCGAUCAUAUGCAAAAUUCGGCAGGAUUUCAAGUCGAAAGUCUUGAAAUUCUUGUUCUAGAUGAAGCCGAUCGUAUGCUUGAGGAGGGUUUUGAGAGCCAGCUGAACGAGAUCUUGACGACGAUUCCGAAAUCAAGACAGACGAUGCUUUUCUCAGCUACCAUGUCCACAUCAGUUGAUAAAUUGAUCCAGAUUGGCAUGAACAGACCGGUGCGGCUUAUGGUUGAUUCUAGAAAGAACACUGUGGCCGGUCUUACCCAGGAAUUCGUCAGAAUAAGGAAGGGUAAAGAGGACAGGCGUCUGGCAUAUCUGAUGUACAUCUGUACCAAGGUAUACACCGACAGAGUUAUCAUAUUCUUCCGGCAAAAGAAAGAAGCCCACCGCGUUAGGGUAGUUUUUGCGCUAUGUGGGCUCAAAGCCACCGAACUUCAUGGCAACCUGACCCAGGAACAGCGUAUCCAAAGUGUGGAAGCCUUCCGUUCUGGCCAGGCAAGCUAUCUUCUCGCGACUGAUGUCGCUUCUCGUGGUCUCGAUAUCAAGAACGUCUCAACAGUCAUCAAUUACGAAGCUCCUCAAACGCACGAGAUCUAUCUUCAUCGUGUUGGACGUACUGCGCGUGCCGGACGUAGUGGACGGUCUUGCACGAUUGCCGCUGAGCCUGAUCGAAAAGUGGUUAAACAGGCUGUCCGAUCAUCUCGCUCGCAAGGCGCAAAAGUGGUCAGCAGACAGGUACCACAGGAAGAGUCGGAUAAGUGGACUCAAAAGCUGAAAGAGUUCGAAGAUGAGAUCGAGGAGGUGUUACAGGAGGAGAAGGAAGAGCGCGCUAUGAGCAUUACUGAACGCGACCUGAAGCGCGGAGAGAACUUGAUCGUUCACGAAGAUGAGAUCAAGUCUCGACCUAAGCGAACAUGGUUCGAAUCGGAGAAAGAUAAGGUGGCGGCGAAGGAAAAGGGAGCUGCUGUCCUCAACGGCCCUGCGAAGACGGACAACAAGAAGAAGGGUAAGCUAAGCGGAAAGGAUCGCAAGAAGCUAGAUCUGAAAGACGUCCGGUCGGAAGGUAGGGUGUGGAAAAAGGGCAAAGAGGAAAGAGGGAAGAAGACGCUAAACGGAGGCAAAAGUGCGCCAGGAAAAGGUAGCCAGGGCAAGCCCAAGGUUGGAAAGCGACGUUGA